AUGAGGCCCUAUCUUGAGGUGGCCGACGAAGAGGUUGCCAAAAACUUUCGAGAAGCUGGAGCAUUGGACCCGAACGUUGUAUUUGCUAAGGGGUUUUUCAAUGAGACGAUGCCUCCCUUAGCCUCUCGGAUCAAGAGACUUGCUGUCAUGCGUCUGGAUGGAGAUAUGUACGAGUCUACCGUGGACGUGCUCUAUCAUCUCUACGACAAGCUCAGUGUGGGAGGCUAUGUGAUUCUUGAUGACUGGACUGGCUUUCCAGCCAAGAAAGCUUGCGAGGACUUCUUCCGUGUGCACAACAUAAAGCCAGAAAUCAACGACAUUGAUAAAUUGGCAGUGUAUUGGAAAAAGACAGAGGACGUUGAAAUACAAUACUGGCGGUACGAGCAAAUGAAUUUCAAGUAA